UGCGCAGAGGUCGGACUAAAUCUGAAUCAUCGGAAGGCAGCGGGAUAGGAGAUGCUAGAGUGCUGGGACCGGAGUGAAGGAACAGCCGUGAGUGAUCACUCCAACCCGGUUAUGACAGAGUCACCCGGAGUGUGUGAGGUGAGCGUGGUGUUCUCUGCCCAGACAGAACCAGAACAUCGGUGAGGUGAGGAACCAUCAGGAUGUCUUCAGCCUGCGCUGAGAUCUGUGGCUCUGACCACGCCGACCAGACACAGCACGACCAGCGGUAUGGCGUCAGAUCUUACCUCCACCAGUUCUACGAGGAGUGUACCGCCUCGAUCUGGGAACGCGACGAAGACUUUCAGAUUCAGAGAUCGCCCAAUCGGUGGAGCUCUGUCCUCUGGAAGGUCUGUCUGACGUUGGGCACCCUGAUCCUGGUGACGGGCCUCGUUGUUCUCCUGGUGGGCUACGCCACCCCGGCUAAGAUAGAAGCGUUUGGCGAGGAUGAGCUCCUGUUCGUGGACAGCCACGCCGUGCGGUUCAACCGAGCGCUGGACGCGUGCAAGCUGACCGGCGCCGUGCUGUUCUGUGUGGGCGGCGGCCUGGUGGCGGCGGGCCUCCUGCUCUCGGCGUUCACCAAGAGCUCCUCAAAAGAGGAGCUGUACCUGCAGAAGAAGUUUAAGGAGAGGCUGGCUGGCAUCCAUCCCAUCACCAGGGCACCCACCCCAGGGGAGAAGAAGGUCCCGGUCACCCUGUCUAAGGUUCAGAGUGUCCAGCCCUCCUCGGAGACAUAGCGGUCAAGGUGGUGUGAGUGGCGUGUCAGUGGAGCUCGCUGGAUGGUGUCAGUAGGUCAGUGUGGGACACGCAGCGUUCCAGAGAUCCUCCGUCACCCUGCUCCUUUCACGCUGUGUCAGUGUCACCUUCAGGCUGUGUUACAACUCACGUGAUCCUAGUACUAGAUCGUUAGUUACAGAAUAAUACCGUACAGAGCCGAGGUUCCUGUUGCACAGCAGGGUACCGCCCAUUGGGGAAUUUAGGGGACUGGUGACCCCAGAUUUGGGGAGGACAAGCUUACAGCAAUAGGUGGAAUUAAUGAAAGAGGGUAAAACACACAGAUGGCUUGAUUGCAUUUCCUUCCCUCCACUCCAGACAUCAUUAUGAUCCAUUCUUCUAGGACGGCCUCCUGGGUUAGGAAGGCCAAUGGCCCUGGCCUGCUGGAAAACUUUCUGAAUACCAGGCCAUCCAGAGUAUAUUUUUUAAAGGUAUGCUGAUCAAAGGGUAUUGAUAAAAUUGCUACAAAAUUGGAGAACAAGAAAUCUAGAGUACACAUACUCUAACUUCAGGCUAUGCAGCUGCAUAGCUCCUUUCAUAUUAUAUUGUUAGCGAUAGGAGGUCUCUGUCCGGCUAGGUUAAGAGCUACAGAAUUACCAAGCUACCGACAUCUUCACACUAAAAUCAAUUAAAUUGUUUUCGUUACCAGUGGUUACUUUGGAAUGAGCAGUUUGCUACACCGCAACAUAUUCUUUCAAAAUUGGAAAAACAGAUCUCUUUUGGGUCUUACGCUAAUUAAAUGUUUGAUAUUAUAUCUUAAAACGUGUACGCAGUGUUUCAAAUGUAAAUUCAAUUACUAUUUCAACUACACAGUUCUCCACAUACAUCAACGCUCUGACUGCCUCUUGCAGGUAUUUGCUCUGUAACGUUCAUAGAGUUCAGGCGUGUACCUCACACAGUAAUCAGUGCCGGUCCAUAUCCAGGCCCUGACCAUCUCACGUUUUGACUGCUUCAACUCACUGUUGACAGGGCUCCCCGCUUGUUCCAUCCAACCCCUGCAACGUAACCGGGACCGUUUAGUCCACCUGGUGUUCAGAAGCUCCUCCCUGGUCACCCUGCUCCGCCCCAACACUUGAUUAGCUUCUUGGUGGAAAUUUGCUUCCACGGAAAGAACAUGAUGCUGGUCUAAAGAGAGGAACAGCCCCUUCCCAAACAUUGACCAAGCUUUAACCCCCGCAUCCCUGCCCAAGAACGUCAUUCUUGUUCACCUCUGGUCUCCUGGCCGUCCCAUCCUUAGGGGAGGGAGGAUCCCGCUCAGCUUGUCUCGAUCCUGGCACCCCAACGAUGAAACAGGGUUCCACUUGAUUCCUGGGUCCAUGCACACUUUCUGAAUACAUGUUAUGAAAACAAGAUGAUGGCGCGUUAAUGUGCCAACCCAUGCCUCCCGGGCACCAGCAGAGCACUUUGCACUCACCCAACACUCCCACUUUUAGUGCGUAUCACUCUGUAGAAGAGCAUCUGCUAAAUGAAUUCAACAAGAGCCUGUUAACCACUAUUCUGGUUGUGCUGUUCAAGCAGACUCACGAGUGGCAUCGUCAGUGAACAAAUUGUGAAAAUGUUAUUCCCUUAUUCCAAUGACGCUGUUUUGAUCCGAAGAAAUUGCUGCUUGUGAUUGUUCUGUAAUGGCUGUGGUGUUCAUACAGGCAACUGCUGUGUCAGAUGCCGCGUAGCUCAGUGAUUGAUGUUCAUUAUCUCAUCGGGUUCAAAGGGAAACCGCGCGCCAUAACGACAGGAAACUCCCGGAGAAACACAGGCUUUUCACACAGACGCAGGUUUCGUGUCAUCAGUAUUGCAGUGGAAAUGGAUUGGAACUGCAGUUGAUUCGUGGUUUUAUUACGACACAACAUUUCGUCGUACUAAAUCAUGAAACUGAAUCCUGCUCUAUUGCCAUCUAAGUGGGGGAACUGAAUGAAUCAUACCUGUUUGUAGAUGACAGAUGUUUUGUUCACAUUAUGCUGUAUACCGCCACAGCUUUGAACCCUUAGUCAUGUAAAUCACAGCGUACAGUACAGACAGACAGAUGGACUGCAUGUACGGCUUUCCUCAGGCAGGAUUACAAAGCUACAGUAGGUUACAGUGUACCACACUUCUCGGGAUUUCAGAUUCCCCAGACUAACGUCUAACUCCUCUACUCAGCUGUGUUCAGAACACAAUUUCUGCUGAUUCCAAUGAGAGGAAUGAAUGAAACCUACUGUUGGGUGUUACAGGGCUGAGCCGUUGGGUCUGACGGGGAUGAGCCGUUGGGUCUGACGGGGAUUUGCUGUUGGGUCUGACGGGGAUGAGCUGUUGGGUCUGAAGGGGAUGAGCUGUUGGGUCUGAAGGGGAUGAGCUGUUGGGUCUGACGGGGAUGAGCUAUUGGGUCUGACGGGGCUCAGCUGUUGGGUCAUACAGGGGUCGUACAGGGCUGACUUGUUGGGUGGUACAGGGGUCGUACAGGGCUGACUUGUUGGGUCGUACAGAGGUCGUACAGGGCUGCUGGUCUAUGGUAACGAGUUGGCCCAAUGGCAGAUACACUGUUAUUGUUUUGUUAAACAAAUUUGUGACUUAACAAGACAUAACAGAUUUAACAAUAUGUAUUGUGGUUUUGUUUAGGAAUUUGACACACUUUUCUUUAUCUACCCACUUCAAGUGUUAAUGUUUUUUUUUUUUAAAUAACUGUUAAAUACAACUGUGUGUGAUCUCGUGAGCUGACCUUUUUCUCUUUGAACUUUGAACUGAAACCUAGAUCGUUGACAUUGAACCCCUCACCUUCUCCAUUUUCCCUCCAAAUUUUUAGGCAAUGGUUGCAGAGAAGACUUGUUCAGUAUCUUUAGUCUGCCGGAGGAAAGUAUCCGAUGUUUCUAGAAGCUUCUGCACAUAUGCGAAUCCCGUUCUGCUCAUGUGUUUAUUCUCCACACGAUCUCUGCUCUACUGGUAGAUGAAAGGCUACACUGUUAAGUUCAGUAGUAAGAUCAAAGCUGUUUUCAUGUCUUGUAGAUCCCAUAAUGAUACAGGAUCACGUCACGAAUACAGUAUUACAGGACUGAACAUAAUACCAUUACUAUAAAACCCUGUGAUGAAUCAUGAAUGAUAAUUCUUCAAGUUACAAGAUCCAUACAGGACCAUUCAGAACUUUGACCGUUUUUACUCAAUCACUUUAACUUCAUGGGGAUACAUUGGUCUGAGUGAUAGCCCUACUGUGAACACAUUUUAGAACAGAUUGUUAAAUUGCCUUUCUGUGUAUUUUGACUGGUGGCACCAUUUUGGACACAUGCUCAGAAGCUUUUAGAAGCUUCAGAUCUUUGGUUUGACAAACGUAAGAUACCGCCCCCGAGAAAAAAACUCUCUGCAGCUGCUUCCAUUUGUCAUAUUCCUGUGAGUGGUGAUGUCAUUCAAAGAUCAUGUAGUAUACACAACCCACACCAGUUGGGAAAAAAAACAACCUAUCACCUGUAGCUGAAACCUCGUCUGUGACUAAGGAUGCGUGGCAGUAGAAGCUGGCGGGCCGAGAUAAUGAGGAUGGGCUCAUUGUAUUGACUGGAAUGGAUUAAACGGAACAGGGUCGAAUACAUGACAACCAUGUGCCUGAUACACCUCCACGUGAAAUCCGUUCCAACUUUUCCAGUGGGCGUGGCGUCUUAUACCAUAUCUACGCCCGCCAGCCUCUUCUGACCUUUAAUCAAGGGAAUAUUAAACAUAAAGACAACCACCGUGAGACAACCGUGUGUGUAAUGCUGCAAGCGUAAACAUAAGAAGAACAUCAAUAGCUAACGGAAAUAUAGUGGACACUGAUUGUACAGUUAUUUCUGAGUGGUCAGUUUGGUUUGAUGUGUUUAUUGUACAAUGUUGUGAAUAAGUUUCUAUAAGGUUUUAAUGCAUUCAUUUGAGCACUAUGUUCUAGUAUGAACCCUGUUGAAAAUAAAAAUAGCAUUAGAGGUGUGUAAAAUCUAAGGUCCUCAUAAGGAGUCUACCAGUCUGAGAAAUUGAAUAGCUAAGAUUAUUCUGUCCUAUAUUACUAUGUCUAUUUUUGAAUGAACAUAAUAAAUAAAACUGAAACAAUCAGCUACGUA